AUGGGGUCACAUGGUUCCCCCCACGUCGUCAUGGUGCCUAUUGACCCGGCGGGGCAUUUCAUCCCUUUCCUCCAGUUUGCCAGUAGCUUGGCAGCUGAAGGAAUCACCGUCACCUUCGUAGCCUCCGACAGCCACUUCUCCAAGCUGAUAGUUCGCGGCGAUGGGAGCCCACAUUCAAGCUAUCAUCUCAGGUUCUUGGAGCUCGGAGACGCCUCGAAGCACCUCACGUCCCACGAGCUUCUCGCGGAACGAAAUACGCAAGCUGAAAGAGAGAAAACUGUCAAGCUGCUGAUGGAGCUGAUUACAGAUAUCAGUUCCCCAAACGCACAGCUCUUGAGGGGCGUGCCGACCGCUGCUUUCCCCGUCUGUGUGUUGCAUGACAUGAUGUCGUGUUGGGCUCAAGAAGCAGCCGAGCGGCUACAGAUCGAGAGGCACUUGCUGUACGUCUCGGCCGUAAGUGCUCUUUCGUGUACUUUCCAGUCGGAGCGUCUCGCUCGAGAGGGUCGAGUUCCACUCACUCCAGAAACUCAGAGCGUUCCGAUUGCAGACAUUCCCGGCUUGCCACCACUCCAGCCUCGAGACCUUCCUUCACUGUUCCUAAGUGCCGAAACGUACAAAUGGAUGAAAUACAACGACUACCGAAUGGCCAUGGCGGACGUGGUUUUGACCAACAGCUUCUACGGUCUCGAAAAGCGAGCCAUCGUUGCACUGCAGGAAGAAGUGAUUGGUACUGGUGCUGGCGUGAAGGUCAGCCUCCCUCGGCACCUGCGUCUUUUCAUGUGGGAUACGGCGAAACAUGUGCUUGACAUAGGUCCAAUGCUACCGGAGGCCUACUUUACGGACGACGUGAACCUGCAUUUGGAUGAGGAAACGGACCCUUGCAUUCUUUGGCUUAGCACGCAGAAGCCCUCUUCAGUUCUGUACGUCAGCUUCGGGAGCUUCACCACUCACGGAGCCCCGCAGCUGCUGGAGUUGGCAUCGGAGCUUGAAGCCAGCGGCCAGCCUUUCUUGUGGAUUUUACGGCUUCCCGAUUCGUUGCCUGCUCACGAAGCCACCGAGGCAUCGACCUCGCUGGCGGAAUACCUGCCCCCAGGUGAAUGUUUUGUACCGUCCGUUGCAAGCGUCGAGUCACACCUAUGCUUGGAAUCAGGAUUUGAAGAGAGGACGAAGAGGAGAGGUAUGUGCUACUCCAGAUGGGCGCCGCAGCUGCGAAUACUGAGGCAUGUUGCAACCGGGGUUUUCCCAACCCACUGCGGCUGGAACUCCACUCUGGAAAGCGUGUGUGCAGGCGUCCCAAUGCUUACGUGGCCCUUAUGGGCAGACCAAAACCUCAACAACAGGUUAGUCGCUGAGAUCCGAUGUCUCACGCAUGUCCUACUUUCGGGUCACUCUUCGUAACCGCCAGGUCUGCGAGGAUCCAGCAAUCACAGUACGGGAACCCCCACCUGCAAACACAUGCAGGACUGAUGCUCUGACGCCGUGGCAUGACCGCAGAUUCUUG